UGCUGGUUUCAAGAAGACGCGUCCACGCACACUCCACUAGUGUGCAAAAGCUUGGCAGCACAAGUCAAGCAGGGCGAGUUGAUUGGUGGUGUGAGCGGCGAGAGGGGGGGGAGAGGUAAAAGCAGGGACUCGCACACGGGCUUUGGCCAAGAAAAGUGACGGUCGGCGGGGAGCCGUGCCAUGUCAGCCGCCGGGUGGAUCGACGCAAACAUGAGAGAAAGCUUCCUUUUUGACUGCACGCCGUGCGGCUCCGGGAGCGGACCUUACCUGAACAAUCCAGCCGGAGGAGUGUGAGUGUGUGCGAGUCAACUUUGAAGACUAGUUUGUUGAUUCCCUGCUUGCUUGGAUGUGGCGCCAUGGAGAGUCAAUCAAGACUAAGAGCCUUGUUGAUGUUCCUGUGGAUUUUUCAAGGUGACAGCCACAAGGUGGAAAUCCCUCGGGAAGAAAUGGAGGUGGUCAAAGGCCAGAUGGUGGUGCUGCACGCCUGGUACACUCCUGUCUCGGAUAUUUCCAAAAACUCUGUCAUUUGGCACUUCACUGGGAAUCAGUCCAAGCAGGUAAUCAACUUCAGCUCAGGUGAGGUGGGCCACGGUCAGAACGACUUUACCAAGAGAGCGGGCUUCAGCGCCGCCAUGCCCUCCGCCAACCUCUCCAUCUUCAUCAACAACACCCAGGAAUCCGACUCUGGACGCUAUGUGUGCAAUGUCAUCAUCCCGGGGGGCGCUGGCAUUUCUGGACAGAUGCGCCUUAAUGUCAAAGUCCCUCCGUCCCCCCCAGCGUGCAUCAUGACAGGCGAGCCGGUCGUCAAUGGCAACGUGACUCUGAGUUGCAAGUCCAGCCAUGGAAAGCCGGUCCCCCAGUACAAAUGGACCAAGUCAGCCCCCAUGCCGGAGGUCUUCUUCUCGCCCAUGCAGAAAUGGAGACCCUGCCCUCAGCCCAUACUGGUCCUGGGCUUCAUGGACGAGAGACAAGGCACCCUGCGGCUGAGCAACCUGACCAAAAGCAUGUCGGGGAAGUACAUCUGCCGAGCCAGCAACACAGCCGGCUCCGACAGCUGUUCCAUUAACCUGGAGGUUAUCACCUCUUCCAACGCAGGCAUGAUUGCGGCCGCCACCCUGGGGUCCAUGGUGGGACUGGUCGCCAUGGUGCUGUUCCUCAUAUUUGUCCUGAGGAGGAGGCGGGACACGGAGGAGGAAACGGCCAAUGAGAUCAAGGAGGACGCCCAGGCGCCAAAGCGAGUGUCCUGGGCCAAGAGCAACACGGGUUCAGACAUUGUGUCCAAAAACGGGACCUUGUCAUCCAUCGCCACCAGUCCUCGUCCCGGAGACCACCACCACCCCCACCGUCAUCCCAACUUCCACUACCCUUACACCCCGUCGUCUACCACAGAUGCGGGCUCCGUCAUCAAUGCUUACCAGCUGCGACCCGGGGAGGCCACCACGCUGCAAGGACUCCCAGGUUACAACAUGGGCGGGACCCCGUCACGUAAGCAAAAACGGCCCCCGGCCGCAAACGGAGGCCCACCCCAGGCUCUCCGGGCCCCGAUGGUGGCUCUGCUCAACAGGACUGAAGGGGCUCAGCCACAGAUGCCACCCCCCUUCACGGUGUCCCCGCAGGCCAGCUCGUCCACGCUGACCAGGGCUGGGACAGUGGCCAUCAUGGUGCCUGCUCAAAGCCAAGCAGGCUCCCUAGUGUAGCAUUCUGUGUGUGUGUGUGUGUGUGUGUGUGUGUAGGGGGCAGGGGUCAAACGUUUGCCUUGUGUUGGAGGAAACUAUCUCACAGCUGGUUUGUGCUUCUUUUGCACUCCAAAUUCCACUGACUCAGCACAUUUUCAUUUUUCUACAACUCACUGUUCUAUUUAAAGGCACAGUAGACAACUUGUAAACGGCGUCAUGUGAUUACCCCUGGAGAACUACCAGUGUACGUUAUUAACGCUUACGUGUGGCGUUUAGGCUCAUGUGUCCAACUUCUCUCAGGCUAAAGGCUCAGAUUCAGAGCAAAACCACCACAAUCCAAAGUACAAUUCAGGUUUUUGUAAAGAAACGAUGGUGGUGGUUUAUUCUGAUUUAAAAGUCAGUACGCGUCUGACAAGGGUGAGUUUGUGGAUGUGUAACCUGUGAUGGUAGAUGGAAUGUAACCAAAAAGAUGAAAAAUAGUUGUUUUUGGACUACUUGUUGGUGCUUGGUGAUUCAUUACAUGGUUGGAUGAGGGGGACAUCCCAUAAUGUCCUGCUUUCUGCUGGCUGACGGCCUUGUUUGUAUAGUGGAAUUUAUGCUGGCUACUAGGAGGAAUUCUAAAAUAAAAAUAAUAAUUGUGUUAUUUAUAAAUGUAGCAUUUUAAAUACAGUUUUUGACUUGGCAGUUUUUUCCAAUAAAAGUGUUUUAUUAUCGCAUCACGGAUCAUAUUUAUUACCCACACAAUGGUGGUGUUGACAAAAUUUAGAGCAGCAUUUUCAUUACAUUUUUAGUACGGCAGGAGGAGCAUUCUGUGAAUGUUCUGAACUCCAGUUUCCGUACCUGCAAUGUCAUGUUUUCACUCUUCAAAUUGCAAAAUGAGUUAAGAGGGAAUCAACAGCGUCUCUGAAUGAAAAAUGAGAUUUUAUUCGGAGUGUUACACACUAAAAAUA